UUUCCACGAUUCUUUCGUUCAGAGAGUAGAGAAGAGAAAGCACGCCGCUCUGAAUCAAACCAAAAGACACGCCGUAGACUCCUCGUGGCUGAGGCCGGCCUGAGCAUCAGAGCGACCGGCACAUCAGACCGGCGACAGAGGGGGCAGAGGCGGAGUGAGGGAAAGCUUUGUGCGGCAGACAGAAGAGGAACCAGCUCAGCCAGCGAUGUCAGGGCUGAAGAAGAGAAACUCCAACUCGUCCGUGGACAGGGAGGAGGACAAGCAGGUCACUGAGAGGAUGCUGUCCCCGGGUAGCGGCGGUGAUAGGGGGGGCUUCGGUCAGGAUGGAGCACCGGGAAGCGACCUCAGCAGCCCCGGCAAUGUCACAGCAGGAGACGGAGCAGAGGAAGGGGUCGCCCUCAAGAGGACCAUCACGCUGUUGAACGGCGUGGCCAUCAUCGUGGGCACCAUCAUCGGCUCGGGCAUCUUCGUCACGCCAACAGGCGUAGUGAGGGAAGCUGGCUCUGUGGGUCUGUCCCUCAUAGUGUGGGCGGUGUGCGGGGUCUUCUCCACAGUGGGCGCCCUCUGCUACGCGGAGCUGGGGACCACCAUCACCAAGUCCGGCGGCGACUAUGCCUACAUCUUGGAAGUGUACGGCUCCCUGCCGGCAUUCCUCAAACUCUGGAUCGAGCUGCUUAUCAUCCGGCCGUCCUCCCAGUAUAUCGUCGCCUACGUCUUCGCCACCUACCUCCUGAAGCCGCUGUUCCCCGUGUGCUCGGUGCCGGAGACCGGGGCCAAGCUAGUGGCCUGCCUCUGCAUCAUGUUGUUAACCUUUGUGAACUGCUACAGCGUGAAGGCGGCCACCAGAGUGCAAGACUUCUUCGCGGCAGCCAAGCUUCUAGCGCUCGCGCUCAUCAUAAUCAUCGGAUUUGUCAAGAUCGGACAAGGUGAUACAGCCGGACUUCUUCCAGAGAAUUCCUUCAAGGGGUCCAAAUAUGAGUUUGGAAGUAUUGGCCUGGCACUCUACAGUGGCCUGUUUGCUUACGGUGGCUGGAACUACUUGAAUUUUGUUACAGAGGAGAUGAUUGAACCUUACAAAAAUCUUCCUCGAGCCAUCAUCAUCUCCCUGCCGAUAGUGACAGCAGUGUAUGUUCUAACAAACUUGGCCUAUUUCACCACACUGUCCCCCGAUCAGAUGCUUAACUCAGAGGCUGUGGCUGUGGAUUUUGGUAACUACCACCUGGGUCCCAUGGCGUGGAUCAUCCCGGUGUUUGUAGGUCUGUCCUGCUUCGGAUCAGUCAAUGGCUCACUGUUCACAUCAUCCAGGUUAUUCUUUGUGGGUUCUCGGGAGGGUCACCUGCCCAGUCUGCUGUCAAUGAUCCACCCCACUCUGCUGACCCCACUCCCCUCACUUAUAUUCACUUGUUUAAUGACGCUGCUCUACGCCUUCUCCAACGACAUCUUCUCCGUCAUAAACUUCUUCAGCUUCUUCAACUGGCUCUGCAUCGCCAUGGCAAUCAUAGGAAUGAUGUGGCUCCGCUAUAAGAAGCCUGAGCUGGAUCGACCAAUAAAGGUGAACAUUCUGCUACCAGUGAGCUUUGUGUUAGCUUGCCUCUUCCUUAUCAUCGUCUCCUUCUGGAAGACUCCAGUCGAGUGCGCCAUCGGCUUUGGGAUCAUUGGCACCGGACUGCCCGUCUAUUUUAUUGGUGUGUGGUGGCAGACUAAACCCAAGUGGCUGGUAAAUGGAAUCCACUCGACCACAGCUCUGUGUCAGAAGUUGAUGGAAGUUGUGCCUCAGCAGUCCUAAAACCAAGUCGCCCUUUUACUUCAGCCAGAGGCCAAUCAGAUUGCAGCAGAUUGGGCUAAGACAUCAGAACUGAUGAUGUUUGAACUCCGUUAACGCUUUUCACACACACUCACUUUCACACGCACACACACACCUCAUAAGAACUUGAUGAAGAAGUCUGAAGUUUAACACCCAUCAUCAUUCUUUUGGGGUUAUUUGACCCUUUUAGUGUCAAUAAUUUGUAGUUUCUUUUGUUUCUUUUCUUUUUAUAAAACAAGAACUGUUUUUGUUUUGUUUUUUUAAUUUUCACUAAUUGUUCUGUGAAUACGUCGAAUCUGCUGUCACCAGAAACCUGUUGUAUUUAGCAGUGCCUUUACGUUGCAGAUGAAGGUGAGCGUAGCUGUAGGUUUUGUUCGCAAUGAUGCAGAACCAGCUGUCAAAAUCCACAAAAAAAACAAACAACAACUUUUCCCUUCAAGAAGUUGUUGCUGGAUAUCACUGACCAAUCCGUUUUGCUCCUGCAGUCUUUACAAUUUCAGUGUUGUGUUGUUGUCUGUGCUGCUGUGCGUUUGACAGUCAGCAUCUGUCUGCCUCUCACUGUUGGUUAUUUGACCUGGCAUGUUGUGCGUAUGUGCACAAAGCUGAACAGAGGCUGUCCUCUUACAUGUAGGCCUGCUGCUGUGGUUUAAUAUCGGGUCAGCGGGCAGUAAAUUAAACCUAAUGUAUGUUUCGUUUGUCUGGCUAACCAAGGCCCGACUUAAAUUUCUGUCUGAGUGUAAAAAAAUGUGCAGUCUACUGAUUCCUCAUAGGACUUCUGUGUCUAAAGUGUGGUUAAGCUUGACAGAGGUGCACAUGGGAAAUAGUAUUUUCUGAAAAGUGGGUCAAAAUGUGCAACCUUUCUGCUGUUCUUUUUGUGUUUUUAUUUUUUAGGGGGUGGGGGGGUGUCACCGAUGUCAGUGAUGUUAACUUUGGGGAUCAAUAUGUUGGAUAACUGAGCCUGGCAAUGUUUCCGACUACACGCUGCAGUAAAGCCAUGUAACACUCACAGCAUGAGGUUAGAGUGGAAAGACAGAAACAAUGCAGUUUUGUUUUUUUUUUUCUGUAGUGUGUGUGUGUGUGUGUGUGUGUGUGUGUGUGUGUGUGUGUGUGUGUGUGUGUGUGUGUGUGUGUGUGUGUGUGUGUGUGUGUGUGUGUGUGUGUGUGUGUGUGUGUGAUUGUAUAACAUAGUUGUUUUUCUGGGCACAGACAGAUGAAGCUUAAACGCCCCCCUCUAAAUUAUUCCAUGCAAACUUUUCCCCUUUUUUUCAACAAUCCCAUUCCGUUUUGUAUUUUUGUGUUUUGGGACCGUUAAAGUGAAGUGACACAGGAGUUUCAGUCUAGUUAUACGCAGACUGUCAGAGAGGAAGUUUGGUUUUUAUUUUUGUAAUGGGUCGGGAGGGUUCGUUGAAGGUCAGAUGGAGCACGUUUUCACAUCACAGUAUAACUGUUAGUUUUUCAUUUUUCAUCCUCGUCUUUUGUUUUUAUUUCACGCACAGUAAAAGUUAAAAACAGAAAACUAGAGCUGCAUUAUUAGUGUCCACCCCGCUCCUCCUGGAAAAAUGACCAAAAGUACAGGUUACCAUGGCAGCGAUGGAUCCAGGAGGAGUGACGUGUAUGUUAUAGAGUUAGAGCCUUGUAACACUCCAGCCAUCGCUCAGAGCUGAUGGAGAAACUAACCUAAAUGCGACUGUAGGAACUUUAUUUAUUUGUAGCAAACCUUUGAUGUGUAUUAUUAGUCGCUCUAAUUUGUUUACAGGGCAUUUUGUGAAAAGUGCUUGUAAAAAUAAAUCUUGAGGUUUUUU